CUUUAGUCCCAUAUUUCGAUAAGGACAGUCAUAUCCCAAUUUUCUAUGAGAUGCGAAACUCUAUCUUGGAUAUCGAGCCAUUUAAUGAAGAUUGGGGUGGACUCGACGGAACGUGGUAUAAACGAUAUACGAAACUGGCAAAUAAUGAUGAGAAUGGUUCAGAAAUACAUCCGCAUCCGUCUAUGAAAACAUUUUUCGAAGAUCUCAUAUUUGAACGUAAAAAGCGAACGGCUCAACGUAAUUACAUAAAGACUAGUAUUGAAGUUUUAGAUGAAGCACGGACGUAUGGUGCCCAAGAAAUAAUUUCAAAGAUACCAGAAGCUCUUAGAACGAAACGUUCUUUUACUGGUGGAAUAGUUCCGGAAUCAUCAAAGAAAAUUAAAGCGAUAUCCGCGUCUGCUUCCUCCUCAAGUGGUAACGAAAAUGCGAUCGAUGAUGAUGAGCAAACAGCCGAUGAAUCCGAAGAAAUUAAUUAUUCCGAUACAAUCUCUACAUCAGAUCAG